AACCUUCAACCCAGAGCCCUUCAGGCUUUUCUUCAGUCUCGUCCGGAGAGCAGUAGAGUGGCAUGGAGGACCCCAAAAGCCCCGUGAAAGUGGUCAAAACUUCCCGCUCGAGCGGGUGCAUGACGCCGUCCUCCAAACCCCAGCGGGAGAGCACCAAAGUCCCGAGCCGAAGCAAAGACUCCGUCCCCAGGGCGAAAGGGGAGAUCCAGGGCGGCCCCAGCGCUUUCAGGACCCGCACCGGCAGUCCUCAGGAGCCGGGGAAGGGCAAAGCCCGCAGGCUGACGGGCAGAACUAACUCUGGCGAGAGGGGGAAAGGGAAGCCCCAGCCGAGUGAAGGCCGUCAGCAAAACCAGGAGAACAAAACUCUGGUUCGAAACAGUGGACCGGUCAAAGAUGGAGGAGCACCACCGCUGACCAGUACAGCAGAGGAGAUCUCAACACACGACAACACCAUCACCGCUAAAGACAAGAUACCCGGUGUGGAGGCGGGCAGACAGAGAGGCGAGGUCACGGCAGAAGUUGUGGAGGUUGGAAACCUGACCUCUGACCAGCAGCUGGGACUCAAACAGGCAGAGGAGAGACUCCAGAGGGACUACAUCCACCGGCUGCUCAAGCCGUCACCGGAGUACCCGAAUUUCCAGUAUCUAUGCAAACUGUGUUCAGUCCACGUGGAGAACAUCCAGGGUGCUCACAAGCACAUUAAAGAGAAACGUCACAAGAAGAACAUCACGGAGAAGCAGGAGGAGAAUGAGUUGCGAGCGCUACCGGGUCCCUCUCCGGCCCAGUUGAGAGCGCUAGACUCAGCCGUGCUGGAAGCGGCAGAGGUGCAUGGCAUCUCAGAGGAAGACUUCGCGCUGAGGCAAGCCGUGGUGCUCAGGAUGGAGGGGAUUAUACUCAAACAACUCACAGCGUGCUCUCUCCGUCUGUACGGCUCCUGUCUCACCCGCUUCGCCUUCAAAACGAGUGACGUCAACAUCGACGUCUCUUAUCCCUCCUCUAUGACUCAGCCUGAUGUGCUGAUCCAGGUGCUGGAGAUCCUCAAGAACAGCGUGGAGUUUGCUGAGGUGGAGUCAGAUUUUCAUGCCAAAGUCCCUGUUGUUUUCUGCAGAGAUGUGGCCAGUGGGUUAAUGUGCAAAGUGAGCGCAGGAAAUGAUGUCGCGUACCUCACCACCAAUCACCUUGCAGCUCUGGCCAGACUGGAGCCGAGGCUCGUGCCUUUGGUUCUGGCCUUCCGUCACUGGGCCAAUCUGUGCCACAUCGACUGUCAGGCGGAGGGAGGAAUCCCGUCCUACUCGCUGUCUCUGAUGGUCAUAUUCUUCCUGCAACAGAGAGCCAAGCCCAUCCUGCCUGUUUAUCUAGGAAACUGGCCACCAACGGUUGUGUGCAGCAUCUGUAAGCGAGACGGCCACCUUAAAGACGAGUGCCCUGAAGACUUCAAGAAGGUUGAGCUGAGACCUCUGCCGCCCAUGACCGUACUCUUCAGAGAGAUCCUGGACGGACUCUGCAUGCUGUGUUACCGGAACAGUAUUGCACCAGAAGAUAUACACUAUGUCUUUGACAGGAUGAUCUUCACUGGAGGAAAGCCACCAACGGUUGUGUGCAGCAUCUGUAAGCGAGACGGCCACCUUAAAGACGAGUGCCCUGAAGACUUCAAGAAGGUUGAGCUGAGACCUCUGCCGCCCAUGACCGCACUCUUCAGAGAGAUCCUGGACGGACUCUGCAUGCUGUGUUACCGUGAGUUAUCGCCGUCUCUCAUCGAGCAGCAGAAGAGGGAGCAGAUUCUGGGCAGUCUGGAGCGCUUCAUUAGAAAAGAGUACAACGGUGUGGAUUACGCCCAACACAACACCCGGAUGCUGGCCACAUAUGCUGCUAUAGACCCUCGUGUGCAGUAUCUGGGCUACACUAUGAAAGUAUUUGCCAAGCGCUGUGAUAUUGGCGACGCCUCCAGAGGAAGUCUGUCCUCCUAUGCUUACAUCCUCAUGGUGCUGUAUUUCUUACAACAGAAACAACCACCAGUCAUCCCUGUGUUACAAGAGAUAUUCGAUGGGAGCACUGUUCCUCAGAGGAUGGUGGACGGCUGGAACGCUUUCUUCUUCGAUGACCUUGAUGAGCUACGGCGGUGUCUGCCGGAGCUCCAUCACAAUAAGGAGACAGUCGGGGAGCUAUGGCUCGGCCUGCUGCGCUUCUACACAGAAGAGUUUGAUUUUAAAGAGUACGUCAUCUCCAUCCGCCAGCGCAAACGCCUCACCACCUUUGAGAAACAGUGGACGUCCAAAUGCAUCGCAAUCGAAGAUCCCUUUGACUUGAAUCACAAUCUUGGGGCUGGUGUUUCUCGCAAAAUGACUAACUUCAUCAUGAAGGCCUUCAUCAACGGCAGGAAACUGUUCGGCACCCCAUUUUACCCUCAGCUGGGAACAGAGGCCGAUUACUUCUUUGACUCAAAGGUGCUGACGGACGGUGAACUGGCUCCUAAUGACCGCUGCUGUCGGAUCUGCGGGAAGAUCGGUCACUAUAUGAAGGACUGCCCAAAGAGGCGCAGAAUGAAGAAAAAGGAGAACGAGCGCGAGGAGGAGGUCAGGGAGGAGGACAGGGAGCCCAGAGAGAGACGCUGCUUUCAGUGUGGUGAUAUGGGUCAUGUGAGGAGAGACUGUCCCGAUUACAAACACCUCCGUCAGAGAGCAGUGUCCGGACCAGUACCUCACAUGGUCCGGGCCAUGGCGAGCUCUCAGUCCAUCCCCAUUCCUCAAGGUGCUUCAGUCCAGGAUCGGGACGGACGGCACAGGCAGCCCUCUGAAUGUUCUGAUACGCGUCAGACUCCUCCGUACUCCCCUCAGCCGUCUCCCUACAGCCAGGCGUCCGUCUCUCCGCAGAACAGCAAGCCUUCCUCUGCAUCCUCUACCUCCAAACCCUCCCAACUGCAGCAGGUUCCACAGGUCCAACUUCCCAUCUUCAGCUUCCCCCAUUCGCACCCGGGGCCGUACCACGCCGGGCUCUCUGCGCUGGGCCUCCUGCCUGCCCACCCCCAGCAGCCGCCCCUCACCUCUGCCUCCUGGCCCAUCCACGGCCCUCUCAUCCAGGGCUCUGGGGCCUCCACCGCCUCCGGCCACCCGUCCUCUCCUGGCCUGAAGUUUGCCAUCCGGGGUGGUGGAGGCGGGACUGGAGGCGGGCCAGCUUUGAGCCCCGCCCCCAUGAACCUGAAUGACCCCAGCAUCAUAUUUGCUCAGCCGUCGACGGGGCGGGUGGCUGGUGGAGUGGGCGGCGGCCCGGCCCGAGAAAGGGUGCACCCCUGGCACAAUCACCAUCUCAAUCCGGGGCCACUUGUGGGGAACGGCACAGUAAACAAGACAGAUCCUAAUUUCCCGUCUCAGUUUGGCGGUGUGACUCAGGGCUCUCGGCCCUGGGAGCACAGCAGUGCUGCUCCGUAUUCGCUGUCUCCAUCCUUCAUGCCCUACCGUCUGCCACCCUACCUGCAGCAGCCCAACAAACCCUUCAUCUCACAAGGUUCUCUAGUGGCAAAUCAACAUUACCCGCUUAUUCAACAUGGCCGGCAUGGCAAUCUCAACUACAUUCAGCAGAAGAAAUGACACUUUACUUUGUAAACCAAUGCCCAAGGUCCUUAUAGAAAAAAAGAGACUAACUUGGCAUGAUUUGGUGAUUUGGAAACUUUUUAAAAUGAAUUUUAUCUUUUUUUGUACAGUUUUUAUGUCUUAUUUUCCUUUUAUUUCUGUGUGUAUCAUCACAUUGAUUUGUGAUACAAAAUGUCAAAUAUUUUAAUACCCCUAUUUUUGGAGGGGUCCAAAAAAAAAGUGUUUUUAUUUUUUGUGUAAAAUAAGGAUUUAAAAUUGAUUCACUUUAUUUUUAUUAGCAGUAUUCCUAUUUUGCUUGCAUAAGGACAAAAGGCUUUAGAUAGGAAAAUCAAACAUAACAUAACCCAAUAAGAAAAUGAUGUAGUGCCAAAAACUUCCCUAUAGCAAACCAAGAAAACAGACAAAAAAGACCAGAAAAAAAAAUCAAGAAAAGACCAAAAAAAAUAAAGAAAGAAAAAGCAAACCAACAUGCUGAUGUGUUGCUUUUAUGUAUUUUUAUACAUAAAAAUAUGUAUAACACAUAUUCCUGUCUUGGAAUUAAUCUGACCUCUGCCUUUUGUGGGAACCAUACCAUAUUUUUUGAAGAACCCAAUGGAGUUCAUAAGAUCGGUGAGUGUUUGCUUUGAGUAUAAAGGCUUUGUUUUUGCGGAAAGGUUUACUCUGUAAAAUGUAAACGCUACGUUGAUUUCAUUCACAGGUGAGACAAUGUCUAAGCCACUAUAGUUGUGUUGAAGUGCUGUGAUAUCUUCUCUGAGCAGUUGUCUCAGUAUGGAGAGAUGACCACUGUGUAUCUCGGGAGAAAGCCAGCGAUAUUCCUCAAUACAAUCCAGCUCGUGAAGGAAGCCCUGGUCCAAAAUGCUUAAUUUUUUUUCAGGAAGGCCACAUAUACCACUUCUUAUCUGGACCACUGAAGGAUACGGUCAGUAAUACAUUGUGGAGUACUGACAGUGAAUUUGAAAAUGUACAUACAAAUUUUAAAGGUGCUGUAUGUAUUUAAGCAUAUACUACUAUAAUAUGUUUGCAGAUAUUUCGGAAACAUGCCAAGUUCACAUACUUGUCUCUGAAAAUCAACGCUACAGCCAGUUAUUCUUUGAAGCGUUUAUUCUGGCGGAAGGUCUGGUUUUGUUUUGGUCUGCCAAUUUACCCAGUAGUAUCUCCACACCCCGGGUUGCCAGUUGAUGGAGAACACAGCAU